GGCAGCUGUUUGCUAUUGUUGUGGUGCUGUUUGUGACUGUAAGACCCUAGCUAGUGUUUUCUCUGGCUUCCUCUGCGAAAUUCCAGCCUGCUGAUUUGUAUCCUAUUCCACGCUCAAAUCUACUGAACAUGCCUGAUGUUUAUGUGAUUCUUCAGAUUUCAACCACCUUCGAUGACCAUUCUGUUGGAAAUGCCAGCAGCAACUUGUCCAAUUUGAGCAACUUCAACAACCUCACCAACUUGAACAGCUUGAGCAGCUUGGGCGGCUUGAACCUAGGCAACUUGAACAACACAAACAACCUCGCCAAUCUAAAUCUCAAUCUCCAUAAAGACGCUGCUGAGAUCGUCGAAUUGGCCUGGGUUUUGUUGGACUCGAAGACUCUAAUUGAACUAAACUACGAUUCGGUUUUGAUCAAGCCAAAUAACACUGCUGUCUUGUCCAACAACAUCAGCAGCCUUAACAACCUUAACAACAUCAACAACGUCAACAACAUCAACUUAAAUUUCAAUAACAAUCUCAACAACAACUUCAACAACUUUAACAGCUUUAACAACUACAACAAUUUCAACAAUUUCAAUAAUUUCAACAGCCUUGGUAAUAUUAACAACGUUAAUAGCCUCAAAAACAUUCACCAAAUUAACCACAUCAAUAACAUUAUCAAUAAAGGCUUGUCCUUUAGAGAUGCCAUUACAAAAUUUGAAAAAUUUUUAAAGGAAAGCUUAAUUGAAAAAAAUAAAGACUUUAUCUUUGUUUUAUUUAAUUCUUGGGACUUGAAGGUCCAAUUAUUAAGAGAAGCAAGAGAUAAAAACAUUGUGUUGCCUUUAUUUCUACAAUAUCCAAAAAUUUUCGAUCUAAGAUCGGAAUAUUCAAAAUGGCAAUCUCAUCAUCCUGAAUCAAUUUCUUAUUCCUCAAAUAACUUAAACACAAUCUGUGCUGCUCUUGAAGUAGAUCUAAUCACUGAUAACAAUAAUCCAAAUAUCACCCAAUCAGUUUCAAAUAAAACUUCAAACACUAAUCCUAAUAUCAGUACUAUUGCAAAUACAAAUGCGAAUACAAAUGAUAAUAACAAUAACAACGACAGCAACAAUCCUUCUUCUUCUCCCUUGAGCUCACUCUCAAACCCGAAUUCAUCCUCAACCUCUCCUUUAAAUAAUGUAUCUUUGAAACUAGAAAAUAACAACAACUCCCAAUCUUCAGACUCAUCUCCAAAAAAAGCUCUCGAUGAAGCAUUCACCCUCACCAGAGUAUUGAAAGCCUUGAUCAAAAAAUCUGUCCCUUUUGCUGACCACUCUGAUGUUUUAACCAACCCUUAUGACUCUGCUGCCGACAUUAGAUCCUUUUUAUCCGAAAGAUCAAACGUCUUAUUCAUGACAAACUUGCCUUAUGAUACCACUCAAUCAGAACUAGAAUCUUGGUUCAACAGAUAUGGCAAUAGACCAACUGCUUUUUGGACUUUAAAAACACCAGAUCCCCAUAAAACUUUAGGUACAGGUUUUGCUGUCUUUUCAACAAACGAAGAAGCUUCCGAAUCUUUAGCCAUGAAUGGUAGAUUGCUUAACGACAGAUGUAUCGAAAUCCAACCUUCAACUGCUAAAUUAUUAGACAGAGCCUCAGAAAUAUUAAUUUGCUUUCCCCAAAGUAAAAAUAGACCAAGACCUGGUGAUUGGACUUGUCCAUCUUGUGGCUUUUCAAAUUUUCAAAGAAGAACUGCUUGUUUUCGUUGUUCAUUUCCAGCUUCAGGUGCUGCUCAAGAAUCCAUUUAUACUGGAAAUAAUAAUAAUAAUAACAAUAAUAACAAUAAUAACAAUAAUAACAAUAAUAACAAUACUAAUAACAAUAACAAUAACAAUAACAAUACUAAUGCAAACACCAAUUUAAAUAACAACAACUAUAAUAAUGUUAAUUUAGGAAUGUCAAUGAUGAAUAUGAGUUUAAAUUUAAACAAUUCCAAUUCAAAUAAUAAUUCCAAUUCCAGUAACAAUCCCAAUGCUAAUAGCUCCAAUACUAACAAUAACAAUAAUUAUACAAAUUAUAAUCAAUUAAAUUAUUUAAAUAAUAAUAAUAACAACAGCUCUUCAAUUAAUAAUAAUUCAAAUUCAUCCGUAAAUUCAAACAGCAUCAGUUUAAACUUAAAUCUUAAUGGCCCUAAUUCUACUAGUCUUAAUUUAAUCAAUAAUAACUUAAGUAACAUAAACAAUUUAAAUAACAAUAAUGGAAAUAAUAAUAACAACAAUAAUAACCCAAAUAACAAUAAUAACAAUAAUAACAAUAUUAAUAACAAUAUUAAUAACAAUACUAGUAACAAUAACAAUAACAAUACUGGUAAUAGAGUUACUUCAGUUCCAUUCAGAGCCGGUGAUUGGAAAUGCUUAAAUGAUGGUUGUUCUUAUCAUAACUUUGCUAAAAAUGUAUAUUGUUUACGCUGUGGCUCUCCAAGGGUUAAUUCUUCAAUCUUAACAGCGCCUUCCUCUGUUGGCUCACACCAUCAUUUAACUCAUCAUUCUUCACAUUCUCACUUGAAUAUUUCAAAUCAUGGUAAUAAUACCACUUCAAAUUCAAUCAAUUCAAUCAACUCUGUUAGUAAUAUCAAUUAUAAUUCUACACAAUUACAGCCCCAGUAUCAGUAUAUUUCUCAACAGCAAAAUUCAUAUACUAGCAGCAAUAAUAAUACAAUCUCUGAUUUAAACAUUAAUAAGCAACCAAGUCCAAAGUUUGGACUAAGUAAUAGUUUAACAUUAAAUAACAAUUCUAAUAUUUCCAACUCAAAUAUUUCUAACUCUAAUAUUUCCAACAAUAAUGACGAUUACAGCAAAAUUGCAGAUCAUUUAUCUGGAUUAUCAUUGGGAAUGUCUAAUUUGAAUUUGAGUUCCAAUUUAUUAAGCAAUAUUCCAACAGUUUCAUCAAAUAACACUAACAAUGGAACAAAUUCAAUGGUCAAUAGUAUCUCAAGUCUCAGCACCAAUAAUACUGGAAGCACUGUUUCUAAUAUUAACAGUAACAAUAAUAAUUCUAAUAACAGUUACAAUGGAAACUUGCCAUCAUUUAUUAUUAAUAAUUCAAUUAAUAAUGCCAUUCAAAACAUUAACAAUAGUGUUGGUAAUAAUAAAGAUAACAGUAGCAUUAAUACUAAUUACAUUAACGAUAAUGGUUUAUCAUCAAAGUCCAAUAGUGAGAACAACAAUGGCACUGAAAGUAUGAAUUCCAGCGUUUCCAACUUGAUUUCGGUUACUUCAAAAUAAGAAAAUUAUGAAUUAUAGAUUAUAAUUCACGAUUUAUAAAUAUUAAGUUAUAAACAUAAAGAAUAAAGCAUAUUAUACAAUAGCAUUUUUGAUAAUUUUUUUAAAGAAAAAUCAUAUUUUUAUAACAAAGAGAAGGUAGAAGAAAGCAUUGUUUUUUUAUUAUAUAAUCAAAAGGUUUUUUUAGGGCUUGGUUGUUCCUUUUUUUG